GGCCUGGCGGCGUCUUGGGAGACCCGGGGAGAAGAUGGCGGCGCCCUUGUGUCGAGCCGCGCUGUUCGGGAGUCGGGCGUGGCGGGGCUUCAGCACGGCGGGAAGGGACAAGGUCUUAACCAAGAGGCUGAAGCUGCUUUUUCCAAGAUGUCUUCCCUCUGCAGAUCCCAAGGAGAAAAUUGACAUUGGGCUGCCCCCACCUAAGGUCUGCAAGACCCAACAGCUACGGGAACGGAAACGGAUCCGGCGCGAGCUUCGGGCCAAGGUGGAAGAGGAGCGGGCUGCUCGCCUCGGAACAGCCAGCGUCCCACUGGAGUCCGUGCGGGCCGAGUGGGAGAGGACGUGUGGCCCCUACCACAAGCAGCGCCUUGCUGAGUAUUAUGGCCUGUACCGAGACCUAUUCCAUGAUGCCACUUUUGUGCCCUGGAUCCCCCUGCGUGUGGCAUAUGCUGUGGGCGAGGAAGACCUGGUUCCCGUGUACUUCGGCAAUGAAGUGACCCCAACCGAGGCAGCUCAGGCACCGGAGGUAACCUACGAGGCCGACCAGGGUUCCAUGUGGACGUUGUUACUCACUAACUUAGAUGGACACCUGCUGGAGCCAGAUGCUGAGUACGUCCAUUGGCUAGUAACCAACAUCCCAGGCAACAGAGUGGCCGAGGGACAGGAGACGUGUCCCUACCUACCCCCCUUCCCCGCCCGAGGCUCCGGCUUCCACCGCCUCACCUUCCUGCUCUUCAAGCAAGACAAGCCAGUCGACUUCUCGGAGGACACCCGCCCCUCGCCAUGCUAUCAGCUGACCCAGCGGACCUUCCGCACUUUUGAUUUCUACAAGAAACACCAGGAAGCCAUGACCCCAGCAGGCCUGGCCUUCUUCCAAUGCCGCUGGGAUGACUCAGUCACCAGCACCUUCCACCAGCUUCUGGACAUGCGGGAGCCCGUGUUUGAGUUUGUGCGGCCGCCCCCUUACCACCCCAAGCAGAAGCGCUUCCCCCACCGGCAGCCCCUGCGCUACCUGGACCGGUACAGGGACAGCCACGAGCCCACGUAUGGCAUCUACUGACUGUACCCAGUGGGGUGCGUCCGCUCUCCAGGGCCUGCUGGGAAGGGCCCUGGGGCCAGCUUGGAGGUCUGUCCUGAGGCAGGCCCUCCGUGGAUGGCAGUGAGGACAUAACUGGAGGGAAUAAAGAGAUUUCUAUCUGCU